GAUAUACUAUAAUCCUAAACUUGAACCACCUGUAAAUUCAAGCAAGGUUAAUCAUUUUUUGUAUAACAGAUUAAUAAAAAUGAACAGUAUUCCACAAAAUAUUUACAAAUCUGUGUCUAAUCUCUAAUCCAUUCCGAUUUAAGUGGCUCACUUUUUAAUCUUAAAUCCCAAAAUGAUAAACCAUAAUAACCAAAAAGGCCCAGUUUACUGCAAGAAUUUGGCAUGACUUAAAUUAAGUUUUAAUACAACUUUUAAUAUGUGUCCAUAUGUUGUUAUAUGUACUUACGUGAAAUAAUAACUUUCUGACCCCUGAAAAUGGAGGAGGACGGAUUGAAAGAAGUGCAGGAAAGCAGUAUUCGCAAACAUCUCUUAAAAUUGACCAAGCUCACGAGAAAUUUAGGAAAAUUGUUGGACAAACUUUACGAAUAUGAUGUACUCGACGGGGACAAAGUGAAGGAAUUGAAGUGUUGUGGCGAUGAUGAGACGGCCGCCCAUCUCUUGUAUGAGAUGGUCAUUCCCAAAUUGCCCGACGCUUUUGACCUCCUCCUCUUCUCCUUGAGGGACACGGACAACGACCGGCUCGCCCAGCUUAUCGAGGAUACCGCACUUUUCGGCGGGAAUGGUCGGCGUCGUAUUCGCCGACGAUCUUCGGCUUCAGAGCAGUAUACAAAUCAGGAAACGAGAAGUUUGCUUGUACGCGAUGGGGAAAUGGGAAUAGCGGAAAUAUUAGAAGAUUACCCGGAAUAUUCGAAAUGUGGGAACAGCUCUUUAUCAAAUUUGUCGAAAAUAUUAAAGAUCUCCGACCCGAAGCAGAAAUCUGACAAUUUUGUCCUUGAGGCGACCCUUCUCUUGCGCAAGUGGGUGGAGACCAUGGGCGCUAAAGCGAAUGUGGUCAUGUUAACGGCUCUCUUUGACAACGAAGGAAAUCAUGAAGCUGCAGAACGAAUCCGACAAAUGUUCGACUCAUUUAUCGAUUCCGGUUUCGCUUUCGACUUUCCGGGACAUUUCACAAUUGCUGGAAAAGAGGCGAAAAUUGCCACCGUUCUAGCAGACAAUCCUUCCUUUUGCAUGUACCCGGAGCGUCUCUUCCUCCUGUUAACGCUUCCAUAUGACGAAAUUGCGAACUUUACAAAGGAAAAUAGCUUUCUGCCCAAUGCCACCAAAAUGUUGAGGGAGUGGACCCUUUUCGCCCCAGAUGCCUCCACCCUGGACCAUUUAGCGGCUAGGUUGGCGUUUAAUGGGCAUUUUUGCAGUGCGGAAAAAAUUUCGCAUCUUUAACUCCUCCAAAUAACCCCUAAAACUAAAUAUCUUAUGAGAAUAAUUUCUUCGAAAGAAAAUCAAAAAUUUCAAAAUUUUUACAUUUAUUAAUUUACCAUUCUCUCGCCCUUACAAAAAUCCUUAUUUUUACACAUUUAUUAAUUUUUGUGAAAAAUAAAGUUUACAAAAAAUGUAAAUAAGAAGACUAACCAUAAAAUUUUUGCUUUUUGACCGAAUUUCAAUUAUUAAAUCUAUGAUUCCAUUCGAAUUACACUUUUUUGGGGUCACCCGGCUCCGAAUCUGACGUGAGGGAUCGUCCCGCAUGCAAAUCUUCCGGCUUUGGUUUUGGUUUAGUGAAACCACGCCCCUUUCCGCCUCCGUCUGGAAA